CUCUGUGUCAGUUACAGGAGUGCCUAAAUGUGUCCUAAUUGACUACCACCCAAGAAUAACGCAGCUAAAUCUAACUAUUUAACGGUGUUCAUUGCUCAUGGUCCACAACUGUAGUCUGAGUGAAGCCCGCCGCCAUCGUUACUGUGGGGCUUGCUGUGUGUGUGAGAGAGAGGGGGUCACUGAGGGAAAGCUCGCGAGAGCAGCAGCAGCGCGCUGGCUGGGCUUCGGCAGGGUUGUGCCCGUGGGAGGCAGCAAACAGAAGCUCUGAAUAUGAGUGGUGAUGAUAAGCCAUUCCUCUGCACUGCUCCAGGCUGUGGUCAGCGAUUUACAAAUGAAGAUCAUUUGGCAGUCCAUAAACAUAAACAUGAGAUGACCCUCAGGUUUGGUCCAGCACGCAAUGACAGUGUCAUCGUUGCUGACCAAACACCAACACCUACUCGUUUUUUAAAGAAUUGUGAAGAGGUUGGUCUGUUCAAUGAACUGACCAGUCCAUUUGAGCAUGACUUCAAAAAGGCCACUGAGGAUGAUAUUAAAAAGUUACCCUUGGACUUGUCACCUCUUGCUACACCGAUUGUAAGAAACAAAACCGAGGAACCUGCAUCUCUUGAAUCACAUCGAGACAGCCCCCUCCCACAUCCUGAAUCCACAACAUGUGAUGACAAGGAGGUUACUUUGCAGCCGACCUCACUGCCUACAUCCACUAUAGUCCGUCCUCCAUCCCUCCAAGUCCCCAAUGUACUUCUGGCCAGUUCUGAUACCAGUGUUGUUAUUCAACAAGCCCUCCCAUCUCCAACAUCUAGCUCUGUUAUAACACAAGUCCCAUCCUCUAAUAGGCCAAUAGUCCCUGUAUCUGGCACAUUCCCUGUGCUUCUGCAGCUGCCGAAUGGACAAACCAUGCCUGUCGCCAUCCCAGCCACCAUCGCCAGCUCCAGUGUGCACAUCCCCACUGCCAUACCCCUGGUAAGACCAGUCACCGUAGUGCCUAACGUUCCAGGAAUCCCCGGCCCCUCCUCUCCGCAGCCUGUCCAAUCAGAAGCGAAGAUGAAACUGAAGGCAGCUCUCAGUCAGCAGCUCCCUCAGUUGACGAACGGAGAUGCUGGAGACGUCCAGAGCAGAGCUGCCACCCAGACCCCGUCCCCUGCCCCACCUGCAGCAGAGGAGACGCGCCCACAAUCACUACAACAGCCAGCCACGUCGACUACAGAAACACCGGCAUCUCCAGCCCCACCUGCUCAGCACACACCCAGUACAGGUGGGCGGCGGCGGCGGUCAACCAAUGAAGACCCUGAUGAGAAGAGACGGAAGUUUCUGGAGAGGAACAGAGCAGCUGCCUCACGCUGCAGACAGAAGAGGAAAGUGUGGGUGCAGAGUCUGGAGAAAAAAGCUGAAGACCUCAGCUCUGUGAACGGACAGCUACAGAGUGAGGUGACUCUUUUACGAAAUGAAGUGGCCCAACUGAAGCAGCUUCUACUGGCUCAUAAGGACUGUCCAGUGACGCUCAUGCAGAAGAAAUCUGGCUACAACUUGCUCGAUAAGGAGGACAGCUGUGAGGAGAUGUCAGUCCCUGGCAGCCCCCACAAUGAGGCUAUCCAGCACAGUUCCGUCAGCACAUCCAACGGCGUGAGCUCCUCCACUACAUCCGCAACUGCUAAUGCACCCGGCCCAGCCACCGGACCAAAUACAGACCAGAGCACAGAGGAGGAGGAGUCGAACGGAGCCGAGGCCCCAGGCACUCAGACCCAGCCCUCUGGAAGCUGAUCGGGCUUUAGGGGUCACGUUUAUUCCUGGCAGCCAUGUUUAUGUGAGGAGGCGAAGUUUCCCUCACUUGUCUUUUUCAAGUCUGGAAAAUAUUUAUUUAUUUAUUUAUUUAAUUUUCAUUUCUCAACAUUUUUUUUUUUUAACUAAAGAAGCAAAAGGGGGAUCGUACUUAACCAAAUGUUGGGAAGUUGUUGGGAUUGUCUAAUUCUCUCUGGCACUCUUGUUUAUUUCUAUGUUUAUUAUAUUGCUGUUUUAUGCAGAUGUGCAUCAUGAUGAGUGAAGUAGUGAACGAAUCAGUGAGUUUUAUAUGAGUCUUAAACGCCAAAGUGUAUCAUGGCUCAUGGUAGUGUAGACCUGAUCUUCACAAGCACUGUUGUAGGCCUACAGACAGAAGGGGAGUCACUUUUAUUUGUUUGCCUUUUCCAUUUUGCACAUGAGGAGAGAUGGGAGGGUUUUUGUAUUUCGUUUUUUUGGAAUUUUUAACUGUUGACAUGAUCAGUCCUGGCAGCUUCUAGGAGUAGAUUUGAAUGCUUUGCUACAAAUCUUCAGUGAUUGAGCGCAGUUUGAUCUGAUCGUAGCCUUUCUUUUCUUUUUUUUUUUGUGUAAUUUAUAAGCGAGUCGUUGGCCACUGCCACGAGGUGUGGUGUGUGUUUGAAUGUUUAUCUUCCGCCUGUAAAAAUAAGUCUUAAGGAUGACUUUGGCUAGAGCCGUGUGUCUUUUAUGAACAAUGCUUUGAUCAACAUUCCAUGAGUAGUUUGUUGCAAAGGCAGUAACUUUAGGAAUAUAGGACAUCUUUCACCAUACAGACAUCUCAUUGAUGUUGACUUAACUAUGUGCCAUUAUUUUUUAUUUAUUAGUUGUGUUAGUGAGGAAAUUUUGCAGACGGCUGUGUGAAGUACAUUCUCAAAGUUCUCAGAUCAUGGAGGCUUUUGUGUACAUAAUUUCUUUGAGUAAGAGGCGUAAUGCAUUUUUUUAUGAGUAUUUCUGCCACUUUUUGACAGCUUGACUGAUUCUAAAUCUGUGGUGUUCUACUCUUUGAGACACUUUUGAAGAAAAUAAGAGCAUAGCUGUUUUUUUUAUUUGCCUCAGUUGGCUUUCAAAUUACAAAAUUUUCGGAAGCAUUGUAAAUGCCAUUAUCGAUGAUAGCAUUGUAUGUGAUCUGCAGAAAUAUGUGCAUUAUUUGUGUUAGGGCCUUCAUUCAUUACAAAAAAGAAAAAUAGUGCUCCAAAAAGAAACAAAAAACAUAAAUAGGGCUUUAUAUACAUUUAAAUAAGUUUAUUCUUACCCCAACCUCUGGAGUAGUCUCAAUCCCCUUAAAAUAAUAAAAUAAAAAUAACAACAGCAAAAAAAUAAUAAUAAUUAAAAACUAGUUUUUGUUGAUAUUAGAACCAGCAGUGCUUUCCAAAAAUGCAAAGACUUAGUCCGUAAGCUGUACUAUAUUUAAUUUAAAAUUAUUUGCUAUUUGCAAUUAAGCUUAGUGACAGUUACAGAAUAAGUAACUCCUAGAAUUAUCAGUUUAAAUCAAUUUGCCUUCUCUCUUAAAAUGUAUUGGCUUACUACUGUGUAGUUUAUUGCUGCAUUAUUUUUUGCUUUUCUAAGGAUCAUCUAUUUAAGAAUCAUUUAGUUUAACAGGUAAAUUUGUACGGUCUUUGUUAUGUAUGUGCUUUACUUGCAUGAUUGAUUGAUUCUCUGAGAGAAUUAGAUCGAUGUUUAAAUCAUGUCUCAGUUGAAUUAUUGCAGUUGAACAUGUUACACUUUGAUUCUCAGCCAGGAGGCAGCGAGUUUAUGUUUCUCGGGCCCCACUGCGGAAAACGGAUGUGAUUAUUAUUGUGUUGGCAGUAAACUUGUAACUUGGUGAAAGUUAUGUAUAAAGUAUCAUAAAUUAAUAAAAUGUUGUAAUAAAUCUUUUAAUAUCUCUUUAAAUCUA